CUCCUGUGUUUAAAUCAUUUUACACAGUCUUAUAGGUGGAUGGUCUUACUAGGUCAGACUUUUCAACUGAACUACUGAAGAAAAUGUUUCACGUGUUUGUUUUCUUUUGUUUGUGCUGGUGCCAUCUGAUUGGUGAGUUUGGUGCUGAGACAUAUGAAAUACAGUCAGUGUCAGUGAUGGAGGGAGAUUCUGUCACUCUAAACUCUGAUUUUACUACAAUACAUGAUGGUGAUGAUAUACUGUGGAAAUUUGGAUCUGAAGACUCUCUCAUAGCUAAAAUCAAUAGAGAGAAACAAAUAUUCACAUUUAAUGGUACUGAUGGGAGAUUCAGAGACAGACUGAUGCUGGAUGAUCAAACUGGAUCUCUGACCAUCACAAACACCACAACUGAACAUGCUGGUAUUUAUAUAGUAAAGAAAAUUGGAGCAAAACGUUCAACAAAAACAUUCAGUGUUUCUGUCUAUGCUUGUCUUCCUAUUCCUGUCAUCAGCAGUAACUCUUCACAAUGUUCAUCAUCAUCAUAUUGUUCAUUGGUGUGUUCAGUGGUGAAUGUGGGUCAUGUGACUCUCUCCUGGUACAAAGGAAACAGUUUAUUGUCCAGCAUCAGUGUGUCUGAUCUCAGCAUCAGUCUCUCUCUACCUCUGGAGGUGGAAUAUCAGGAUAAAAACACCUACAGCUGUGUGCUCAACAAUCCCAUCAGCAACCAGACGAGACAUCUGGACAUCAGUCAACUCUGUCACAUGUGUUCAGAAGACCACAUCCACUGUUGUGGUUUUACUGAAGCUGUGAUCCGAUUGGUCGUCUCUGCUCUGGUGGGCGUAGUCACUGUAGCUGUUCUGGUUUAUGACAUCAGAUCUACAAGACAAGGAGACAAGGAAGAGAUAUCAUAAAUGUCUACUUAAUCUUCUUAUUUUAAGAAAUUUUACAUACAUAAAUGGUAUAUGCCCAAAUCAGAAACCAUGUUUUGCUUGCUAAAAUACAGCAUUAAUUUGGGACUAUUCUUGACUUGUGUAAC